AUGCUAAGACGUAUUGAGCGUUCUUCUAUAGAACGUCAACUGCAAUCGAGGAUUGCAAAUGCUGCUAAAAGUUCAUUAGUUGAAAUUCCUCGUGCUUCUAGCUAUCCCAGGUUGAGAAAAAAUGCAUGCAAUUUAAAUUUAAAUUCAAAUUCAAGAAGAAAUUUUGUAACCGAUGCCCUUAAUCGUAGAUUGGGGUCGUCUUCUAGCUUCCCCAUGGGAUCAACUAUUUCCAAGAGGUUUAUCCAAAUGAGAAUGAAUCCAAAUCAAGGUGAACAGGAAAAGCCCGCUUUGGAGCAGUUUGGUACCAACUUAACCAAGCUAGCUAAAGAGGGUAAAUUGGAUCCCGUCAUCGGCAGAGAUGAAGAGAUCGCUAGAGCGGUACAGAUUUUAUCCAGAAGAACUAAGAACAAUCCAGUAUUAAUUGGUCGUGCCGGUGUUGGUAAGACAUCAUUGAUUGACGGCUUAGCUCAAAGAAUUGUUGCUGGGGAAGUCCCAGAUUCUUUGAAAGAUAAAGAAUUGGUAACAUUGGAUUUAGGAUCCCUAAUCGCUGGUGCUAAAUAUAGAGGAGAGUUUGAAGAAAGGUUGAGAAAUGUUCUGGAUGAAAUUGAUAAAUCCAAUGGACAAGUUAUUAUUUUCAUCGAUGAAGUGCACAUGCUACUUGGUCUCGGUAAGACUGAUGGUAGCAUGGACGCAUCAAAUAUCUUGAAGCCCAGGUUAGCCAGGGGAUUACGUUGUAUUUCCGCUACUACUUUGGAUGAAUACAAGAUUAUUGAAAAGGAUCCUGCAUUAAGUAGAAGAUUCCAGCCUAUUUUGUUGAAUGAGCCUAGUGUCGGUGACACCAUAUCCAUCUUAAGAGGUUUAAAGGAGAGGUACGAAGUGCAUCACGGUGUUAGAAUUACUGAUACUGCGUUAGUGUCCGCUGCAGUUUUGUCCAACCGUUAUAUCACCGAUCGUUUCCUACCAGACAAGGCUAUUGACCUAGUGGAUGAAGCUUGUGCCGUGUUACGUUUACAGCACGAAUCUAAGCCUGAUGAGAUUCAGAGAUUGGAUCGUUCUAUAAUGAGAAUGCAGAUUGAAUUAGAAUCCUUGAAGAAGGAGACGGAUGCAUUAUCUAUAGAGAGAAAAGAAGCCCUACAGAAGGAACUUGAUCUAAAGAACGAAGAGUUGGGCAGAUUGACUGAGAUUUGGGAAGCUGAGAGAGCCAAGAUUGAAUCUAUCAAGAACGCAAAGGCCGAUUUGGAAAAGGCGAGAAUUGACUUAGAAAAAUCUCAAAGAGAAGUGGAUUAUGCAAAGGCUUCUGAGUUGAGGUACGCUGUGAUCCCAGAACUAGAAAGGAAAGUCGCAUUGAGUGAAAAGAAAGAUGAUCCUAAUCAAGUCAACCUUUUGCAUGAUUCAGUUUCUUCAGAUGAUAUUUCAAAAGUGAUUGCCAAAAUGACCGGUAUUCCAGUCCAGACUGUCUUAAAAGGAGACAAGGAUCGUCUACUUUACAUGGAAAACUCUCUCAAGGAAAGGGUUGUUGGUCAGGAUGAAGCUAUUAGAGCAAUUUCUGAUGCUGUCCGGUUACAGAGAGCUGGUUUAACAAGUGAAAAGAGACCAAUUGCCAGUUUCAUGUUUUUGGGUCCAACAGGUACAGGUAAGACCGAAUUGACUAAAGCGCUUGCAGAAUUUUUAUUUGAUAACGAAUCCAAUGUGAUCAGAUUUGAUAUGUCUGAAUUCCAAGAGAAACACACGGUAUCGCGUUUAAUCGGUGCACCUCCGGGUUAUGUCAUGAGUGAAUCUGGUGGUCAAUUAACGGAAGCCGUUAGAAGAAAGCCAUACUCGGUGGUAUUAUUCGAUGAAUUUGAAAAAGCUCAUCCAGAUGUUUGCAAAAUCCUUUUGCAAGUAUUGGACGAAGGUAAACUAACCGAUUCUCAAGGCCAUGUAGUAGACUUCCGUAAUACAAUUAUUGUUAUGACGUCCAAUGUGGGUCAAGACAUUUUGCUUACUGAUGAACACGCCAGUGAGGAUGGGACCGUUAGCAAAGAAGUCAAGACUAAGGUUAUCGAAGCUAUGAAGAGAUUAUAUCCACCAGAGUUUAUGAAUCGUAUAGACGAAUUAUUGGUAUUCAACAGGUUGUCUAAGGACGUUCUGAGAUCUAUUGUGGAUAUCAGAUUGGAUGAAAUCCAGGAGAGAAUUAACGAAAAGAGGAUGAAAUUGGACCUAACGGACGCUGCCAAGAAUUGGUUAACUGAUCGUGGGUACGAUCCUUUGUAUGGUGCAAGGCCUCUUAACAGGUUAAUCUACAAGUCUUUGCUAAAUCCUAUGGCUCUCUACUUGUUGAAGGGUCAAUUGAGAGGUGAGGAAACCGUUCAUGCAGAUGUGGAAGAUGGCGAAUUGGUCGUUAAACCUAAUCAUGAGGAAGGCGAAGUUGUUGAAGCAGAGCCUGAGCAAUAA